AUGUCCAGAAAGAGAAAAGUUGAUGCAGACGGAAGAGUGUUUCAAGAAAGAUGGGAAGGCGAAUACUUGUUUGUGCUUCAAGGAGAAAGACCGGUAUGUCUUUUGUGUUACGAGGCGGUGUCGGUUGUCAAAGAGUACAAUCGUUGUCGACAUUUUGACACCAAACACGAAGCUAAAUACACUAAAGCUAGCCUUCAAGAAAAGCAACAAAUUGCCCAAGAAUUAAAAGGCAAACUGCGGUCGCAGCAGAGUAUGUUCAUGAAAUCCAAAGCCAAAAACGAGGCCGCGGUGAAAGCUAGCUUCAUUGUGGCUGGAGAAAUCGCCCAUGCUUCCAAGUCUUUUUCAGAGGGAGCGUUUUUGAAGCAGUGCAUGCUGAAGGUGUGUGAGCAGGUGUGUCCCGACCAGUUACAGACUUUUAAAAAUGUCAGUUUAUCAAGAAACACCAUCGCCGACCGAGUGAAGGAACUAGCAGAAAAUCUUACAACACAGCUGGCCGAGGAGACACGCAGCUACACAGCUUUUUCAUUAGCUGUUGACGAAAGCACAGAUAACACGGACACAGCGCAGUUAUCAAUUUUUAUUAGAGGCGUAAAGUCGGACCUCUCUAUCACUGAGGAGCUGUUGGAUGUGGUUGCAAUGCAUGAGACCACGACGGGACAGGACAUUUUUGAUGCGGUGGAGAAGUCCGUAAGUAAAAAUGCAUUGCAGUGGGAAAACUUGGUAGGAUUAACUACAGACGGUGCACCGGCAAUGUGUGGAGGAAAAGUGGGCUUGGUUGGACUAAUGAAGGGGAAAAUGCAAAAAAUGAACUGUCACACGCCUCUGAUAACGUAUCAUUGCAUUAUCCAUCAAGAAGCUUUAUGUGGGAAGGUGCUGGGGAUGGAGGACAUUGUGACCACAGUCAUGAAAACAGUGAACUUCAUUCGGGCGCGUGGCCUGAAUCACCGUCAGUUCCAGCAGUUUUUGCUGGAGAUGGGCUCAGAACACGGGGAUGUGCCGUACCAUACAGAAGUGCGUUGGCUGAGUAGGAGCAAAGUCCUCAAGCGAUUUUUUGAGCUCAGGGAAGACAUUGCUCUUUUUAUGGAGAAAAAAGGAAAACCCAUGUCUGAACUAUCAGAUCCAAAAUGGAUGUGUGACUUUGCUGUGUUGUGUGACAUAACCGACCAUCUCGCCCAGCUGAAUCAGAAGCUGCAGGGACGGAAACAAGUCAUCACGCAGAUGUCCGACAUGAUCACGGCUUUCCAGCGUAAAUUGGACUUAUGGAUGUGGCAAGUGAAACAGGACAAUCUUGUCCACUUUCCUGUUUGUCAGAGCAUGUCAGCCUCAUUUCCUGAGACUUUUUCAUGUACUCAGUUGGCUACCAAACUGAGCUGGUUAAAGACUGAGUUUGAUCGGCGCUUCUCUGACUUCAGAGCACAACAGUCUGGCUUUGACAUCUUUGCCAAUCCUUUCACCACCGAUGUCUGCACUGCACCCCAACACCUUCAGAUGGAGCUAAUUGAGCUUCAAAGCGACAGUGGCCUGAGAGCAAAGUUCCAGGAUGCUGCAAUCCAGGACUUUUACCGUCUGCUGCCCCCUGGUUUGAUGCCACAGCUUCGACUUCAUGCUGCCCGUGUUCUGUCCAUGUUUGGGAGCACCUAUCUGUGCGAACAGUUUUUUUCCAUAAUGAAUCUGAACAAAAACAAGCACAGAUCACGCCUCACGGAUGACAAUCUCCAUGCUGUUUUACGCGUUGCCUCAGCACAGGACCUAAAACCAGACAUUGACACACUGGCAACAGGAAAACGGUGUCAGGCAUCUGGUCAGAAAACACACAGGUAA